GAAUAUGUUAACUUUUGUUCCAGGCACAACUUUGACAAAAAUGAAUGGAUUGCUGGGCUCACGGCAGAGGAGCGUGGUCUUCUCCAGCUUGAAAUCGAACACUUACACGUGACGUGGCUAGCCCUUUUACACAAGGAACUCAUCAAACCAUACUUCAUUUGCUUGAAGCAGUUUCUUCAUUCCCAGAAAGGGAAGACUAUCUUUCCGCCACCAAAAGACAUAUACUCCUGGUCUCAUUAUACGCCGCUUCCUGAAGUGAAGUGUCUAGUCUUAGGGCAGGACCCGUAUCACAAUUUCAACCAGGCCCACGGGUUGGCGUUUCUGGUUUUGGAGCCUACGCGUCCACCCCCAUCACUCCUUAAUAUUUACAAGGCGCUAAAACUCGACUUUCCCGAUUUCGUGGCCCCGGACUACAAGAAGCUCUUAAAGGAGGGCAAGCCAGGUGGUGGAAAUUUGACGAAAUGGGCUAAGAGGGGAGUGCUCAUGUUGAAUGCUUGUCUUACUGUGGAGGCUCACAAAGCAAACAGUCAUGCCAACCGCGGCUGGGAGCAGUUUACAGAAAAAGUGAUCGAGACGGCGAUCACCUACGCAAGAGAGAAUAAGAAGCAGGGCCUUGUCAUCAUGGCCUGGGGGACCCCCGCCCAAAAACGGGUGGCCAAAUUUUCUCUACAGUUGUCCAAAAAAGAGGUGCCGUUCUUGGUUUUGAAAUCGGUGCAUCCAUCCCCCUUGUCUGCUAGCCGGGGUUUUUUCGAUCUGCAUGUAUUCGAAAAAUGCAACCGCUGGUUGAAGGAACAAGGAAGAGAGCCAAUAAACUGGGGGUUGGUUGAGAUGAACAACGUU